AGGGACGAGAGGAGCCGGUCCCAUGCACGCCGCCGCAGCCGUCUGACAUGAAGAGCGGCUCCACCAUGUGCUGAAUCACCUUCACCCUCUUCUUCUGGAUACACAGACGAGUCCUCCUCCUCCCCUCUUCUCUGCCUCCCUUCCCCCCACCCCCCGUCGGCAGCCAUGGAGCGGAGGAAUGAAUCGCAGAGCCUGGACUUCACCAUGGACAAUGUGGAGAAAGCUCUGCACCAGUUGUACUACGACCCCAACAUUGAGAACAAGAACCUGGCUCAGAAAUGGCUGAUGCAAGCACAGGUGUCGCCCCAGGCAUGGCAGUUCAGCUGGCAGCUGCUGAGCGGGGGCAAGGUGCCCGAAAUCCAGUACUUUGGGGCCAGCGCCCUGCACAUCAAGAUCUCGCGCUACUGGGGGGACAUCCCGACGGACCAGUACGAGUCGCUGAAGUCGCAACUCUUCACCCAGAUCUCCGCCUUCGCCGGCGGCUCCAAGAUCGUGCUGACGAGACUUUGCGUGGCCCUGGCUUCCCUGGCGCUCAACAUGAUGCCGGACCAGUGGCCCCGCGCCGUUCCGGACAUGGUGCGGGCGUUCCAGGCGGAGGACGGGCAGACCGACGGCCGGGCCCGCUGCCUGGCGCUCCUGGAGCUGCUGACCGUUCUGCCGGAGGAGUUCCAGACCAGCCGCCUCCCGCCCUUCCGCAAGGGACAAGUGCGCAGCUGCCUGGCGCAGGAGUCCGCCUGCAUCUUCCCGCUGCUGCGCCAGUUGCUGCAGCAGAGCGACUCCCCGGGUUUUGUCAAACAGAAAGUGCUGAAAUGUUUCUCCAGCUGGGCCCAGCUGGGCAUCCCGCUGACUGAGUGCGAGGAACUGACGCUGGCCGCGUUCAACGCCCUGCGGGAUCCUGAACUGUUUGAUGCCGCCGUGGAAGCCUUAGUCAAUACCAUCUCUCAGCCGGAUGCGCAAAGGUACGUCAACACGCUCCUGAAGCUCAUCCCCCAGGCGCUCGGCCUACAGGAACAACUGCAGCAAGCCGUACAGAACGGCGACAUCGAGACCUCGCACGGCAUCUGCCGAAUUAUAGUGGCGCUCGGAGAGAACCAUUCGCGGGCUCUCUUGGAUCAGGUGGAUCACUGGCAAAGCUUUCUUGCAUUGGUUAAUAUGAUCAUGUUCUGCACCGGUAUUCCGGGCCAUUAUCCAGUCAACGAAACAACGAGCUCCCUCACGCUGACCUUCUGGUACACGCUGCAGGACGAUAUCUUGUCUUUUGAGACCGAGAAGCAGACGGUGUAUCUGCAGGUGUACCGGCCGGUCUAUUUCCAGCUGGUGGAUGUUUUGUUACAAAAGGCGCAGUUCCCCGCCGAUGACGAGUACGCAUCCUGGUCCUCCGAUGAGAAGGAACAAUUCAGAAUCUACAGAGUUGACAUCUCCGACACCCUCAUGUAUGUCUAUGAGAUGCUGGGUUCUGAGCUGCUCAGUAACUUGUAUGAAAAACUUGGACGCCUUCUGACUUCUUCAGACCACCCCACAUCCUGGCAGCACACAGAAGCCUUGUUAUAUGGCUUCCAGUCCAUCGCGGAGACUGUUGAUGUCAACUAUUCAGAUGUCGUCCCGGGACUCAUCGGCCUCAUCCCACGGAUAAACAUCAACAACGUGCAGCUCGCAGACACAGUCAUGUUUACUAUCGGAGCGCUGGCAGAAUGGCUGGCAGACCACCCAGUCAUGAUCAAUAAGGUGUUACCGCUCGUCCUGCACGCUCUGGGGAAUCCCGAGCUGUCCGUGUCCAGUGUCUCCACUUUGAAGAAAAUCUGCCGGGAAUGCAAGUACGACCUUCUCCCGUACGCUGCCAACAUCGUCGCUGUGUCACAGGACGUGUUGCUGAAACAGAUUCACAAGACCAGUCAGUGUAUGUGGCUGAUGCAGGCGCUGGGCUUCCUGUUAUCUGCCCUGCAGGUGGAGGAGAUUCUCAGCAACCUCCAUUCACUCAUCACUCCUUAUAUCCAGCAGCUGGAAAAGUUGGCUGAUGAGACGCCGAAUUCCUCCAAUAAACUGGCAAUAAUCCACAUCCUCGGCCUCCUCUCCAACCUUUUCACCACAUUAGACAUCAGCUGCCACGAUGAGGAACAUGAGGCGCCAGAGGUCAAGAAGUUACCGGUAGUACAGGGACCCAACCCGGUCGUUCUGGUCCUACAGCAAGUCUUCCAGUUGAUCCGAAAAAUUCUCAGCACUUGGCUGAACGAUGCCCAAGUGGUGGAGGCAGUGUGCGCCAUAUUUGAGAAGUCGGUGAAGACGCUUCUGGACGACUUUGCUCCCAUGGUUCCUCAGGUGUGUGAGAUGUUGGGCCAGAUGUACAGCACUAUCCCGCAGGCCUGCGCCAUCGAUCUGACGCGACAGUUGGUUCACAUCUUCGCACACGAGCCGGCGCACUUCCCUCCGAUCAAAGCACUUUUCCUGCUGGUCACGUCGACGACUCUGUCCCUGUUUCAGCAAGGACCCAGGAACCAUCCUGAUAUUGUUGAUUCAUUUAUGCAACUCCUGGCACAGGCCCUGAAGCGCAAACCAUGCCUCUUCCUGUCCGCUGAGCUGGAUGUAAAAGCCGUGUUCCAGUGUGCUGUCCUCUCUUUAAAGUUCCCGGAGCCGACCACGGUCAAGUCCAGCUGCGGUUUCUUUAUGGAGUUUUUGCCGAGGUGUGGUGAGCUCGCUCCGGUUGGACAAGUGGUGCACGAUGAAGGCAAAUUUCUUCUUCAGGCUACGCUCGAGGGGAUUGGUGGACAGGCCUCCCGCAAUCUGAUGGACUCCUUCGCAGACAUCCUCUUCUGUCUCAAUAAGAACUGCUUCUCCUACCUGGUGGUCUGGUUAAAAGAGGUGAUGCAGCAGCAAGGUUUCCCAUCACCUCGACUGACUCAGGAGCAGAAAGACAACUUCAGCCAACACAUCCUGCGGGAGCGAGUGAACAAGAGGAGGAUAAGAGACAUGGUGAAGGAAUUCACGCUGCUUUCCCGCGGGUUACAUGGGACAGAAUAUACCGCCGACUACUGACCGCCCAGCCAAGCUUCCUGGAUAUCAAACGGGGCAUUUUCUGGCAUGCCCGCCUGCAAUACUUGAGCAAUGUCGACCUGCACCGAUCUGACAGAGCUGUGGGAUGGUUUCUUUUUUGUU